AGCAUUCGCACACGCGUCGCUCUUAGCAGAAGCACACGUUUCUUUUGGCUCGCAGCAGCAGCAGCAGCAGCCGUAGCAGCAACCGUAGCAGCAGCAGCAGCGGCCGACCGAGCAGCCCUGGGCCCCGUGGCACCGCCAGCCGCCGUCGUGGCGACGCCGCCCAGUCCGCCGAGCCCGACGGCCGCCGCCGUUGUGCAGCAGCCGCCGCAGGCCUCGUCGCUCGUGCUGGCCACCCCGUCCAGCCUGGUGGCGGCCAAGGACUCGCGGUGGCUCCAGCUCGAGGUGUGCCGCGAGUACCAGCGGAACAAGUGCUCGCGCCAAGAUGCCGAGUGCAAAUUCGCCCACCCUCCGCCCAACGUGGAGGUGCAGAACGGACGCGUGAUCGCCUGCUACGACUCCAUCAAGGGUCGCUGUAAUCGAGAGAAGCCCCCGUGCAAGUAUUUCCACCCGCCACAGCAUCUGAAAGACCAGCUGUUGAUCAAUGGACGCAACCACCUGGCAUUGAAGAACGCACUGCUCCAACAGAUGCCACUGCAGGCCAUGCUUCCCGGACAGCUUCCGACGGCGGCCGUGGUAAGUCCCUACUGGUACCUGGGACACAUGCAGAGGCAGCAGCAACUGCAGCAGCAACAGCAGCAGCAACAGCAGCAACAGCAGCAAAGCUACGCGCUCUUCAACGGCUCCCUCGCUUCAGCCAAGGCUACCAGCCCAUAUAUGCCUGCACUGACAACAAUGGCAACAGCAUCUUCAUUUGGACAUUACUUGACGCCUAGUCCUGUUUUGCCUGGCAUGAUGACUGCGGACGCUGUGACGGCCCCUCUAAGCGUUGUGCCAGCUUCACUAGUGUCCCCACAAAAAGUGGCGCGCACUGAUAGACUUGAGGUGUGCCGGGAGUUCCAGCGUGGCACGUGCAAGCGGCCCGAGACGGAGUGCCGCUUUGGGCACCCGCCCGAGCACGUGGCGGUGGACAGCGGCGGGGCAGUCACCGUGUGCAUGGACUUCGUCAAGGGCCGCUGCUCUCGGGACCAGUGCCGCUACUUCCACCCUCCCCCGCACCUGCAGGCGCAGCUCAAGGCCACGCAGAGCCGGGCUGGCGCUGCCGCCGCUGCUGCUGCCGCUGCUAUGGCGACAGAGGGAGGAAGCACCGAUGUCGGAUUACAAAUGUACACUCAGGUAUUUGAGCCCUCCUUUUUUUUUCCCUGUCUGAUGAUGGCAUGCCAAUUGUGUGGUGGCCUACUGCUGCCUUUCUCUCUCUGUUCACUUUGGCAAAACACACAUGACCACUUGAGCUUGGGUCACAGCAUGAAAAACGUGCAGCGCAUUUUGACAGCAUAAGCAAAGGGGUGAUAGAAUUUUUUUCGCAUCCUGCGUCAUGACAUCAUCUUCUUAUUAGACUUAUCAGGAAAAAUGGCAGAAACAUAA